CAUGCAUGGAUCAUGCAAAGUCUUUAGGCCUUAGUUAGAAGGGAGUUGGGGUGGGGUGGUGGGUCAGAUAAGUUGAGGAUAUGGGUGAUACAUUCCCUCCUGACAUUUGGUUGUAGUUGCAGCUCUAUCAAUGCUAGAUAAUUUUCUUUUCAUAACAUCUUUUUUCCCUCAUCCCUCCAAUUUGCUUGAAUAAUUGUACUUUCUGUCUCUAUUGCCAGAACCGUCAGAGUUGCUCUCAGUUGGUUGGUGAGGUCAAAGGUUCUGUAGUUAAGGAGUCACCAGUUCGAGGAAGGGGAAGAGGAAAGGGGGAACCAAAAGGUGGAUCUAAAAUUCCAAGUGUUGAAGCUGAUGGCUCCAAGGAGAAGUCAACUGAUGUUAAUGAGAUUCGUAAAUCAUUUUGCAUUCGAUUUGUACGUCUGAAUGGCAUUCUUUUCACCCGCACGAGGUAAUUCCUUUUUCACACUAUCAGUUACCAUUGUUAGUUUGUGUAGCAUUGCCAAUGAAUUAUCAUAUGAUCCUCAUUUGUAGCCUGGAGACAUUUGCGGAACUUCUCGCAUCAGUCAGCAGCACUUUCCUUGAGCUUCUAUCCUCUGGUCCUGAAGAGAAGUCAAAUUUUGGCGCAGAUGCUGUUGAGAAUGGACUUUUUAUUGUUCGUUUAGUCUCCAUCCUUGUAUUUACGGUUCAUAAUGUGAAGAAAGAGGCUGAAGGUCAGAGUUAUGCAGAGAUUGUGCAGCGUGCUGUUCUUCUUCAAAAUGCAUUUACUGCAGCUUUCGAGUUAAUGGGACAUGUAUUGGAGAGGUGCGAGCAGCUUAAUGAUCCUUCGUCAAGUUACUUGUUACCUGGAAUUCUGGUAUUUGUGGAGUGGUUGGCCUGUUGCUCCGAUAUUGCUGGAAGUGGUGAUGCGGAUGAGAAAAUGGUUGCUGUAAGGUCAAACUUUUGGAGGUGCUGUAUUGCCUUCAUGAAUAAGAUCUUGUCGUUUCUGCCAAUAUCCUUUGAUGAUAAUGAAGAUGAUACAUGCUUCAAUAACAUGAGCCGGUAUGAAGAAGGGGAAACUGGGAACAGGCUUGCUUUAUGGGAAGACUUAGAGUUGAGAGGGUUUUUGCCACUUGUCCCUGCUCAGUCCAUUUUGGACUUCUCAAGGAAAUACCCAUUCACAGCUGAUGGUUCUAAGGAAAGGAUGGCUCGUAUUAAGAGGGUUCUUGCUGCAGGGAAGGCAUUAGCAAACGUUGUGAAGGUCGAUCAGAAACCAGUCUCCUUUGAUUAUAAGGUGAAAAAAUUCGUUAUAGGUGCCGUGCCUCAUGUUUCUGGUGAUGAUGUAUUCAACUCUGAUUCUGGACUUUCAAAAGCAAGUAAAUUGAUGCAAGAAUAUACUCCUGAGGAAGCUAUCAGUUUUGGGGCCUUGAAUACAAACCCCCAGCGAUGUGUUGAAGGAGAAGAGGAUGACGAAGUAAUUGUUUUCAAGCCCUUGGUGAGUGAAAAGCAAAAUGAUGAUUUACAUCCAAAGCUUGCUCCUUAUGAGAGCUCAAGACCUAUUAGAAACCUUUCGGCUGCUGAUCUACAAUUCGUUGGUGGCUCUGUCUCUGCUGCCGUUGAUAAUCAGCUCCUUCCUGCUGCUUUCAACGGACAUCCUCAAAUAUCAACAUCUGCUGGUAUGGUUGGAACUCAGCACCCAUCAGCAAUCCAGCCGCCUACUACUUCAAAGUGGCUGAUGGAGGAAGCUGCACUGCUCGCUAAUAACCUGAAAAGUGUCAGGUUCAUGGAGAAUGGGCACACAACUGGCUAUGAGAUGCAGAAAGAUUUUGGUUUAGCCCAUUUGCCUGUGUCUGCUUCAGUUAUAAUGCAACCACCACCCGUGAAUUUUGGUACUACUGGCAUGAUAUCGAACCAAAUGAAAGUUCCAGAUGCAAGCUUUCCUUCCAAGGUUGGUACUAUUUCUUCUUCUGGAAUGUACCCUGAAAGUGAUGUACAGGCAUCAAGUGCCAUGCCGGCUGGUUUUAGGAGGAGCCCUGUAAGCCGGCCUGUUAGGCGUCUUGGCCCUCCACCUGGUUUUACUUCUGCUCCAUCGAAGCAGGUGAUAGAUUCUUUUUCUGGUUCAGAUUUACCUACUGAGAAUCCUCUAGCAGAUGACUAUAGCUGGUUGGAUGGCUAUCAGUUGCCAUCUUCAACCAAAACCUCAGGGUUUAGUGGUUCGUCCAGCCUCUCCUCUUAUCCCACUCCUCAAUAUGCCAGCAACAAUAAUGGAUUAAUGGGGGCAGUCAACUUUCCAUUCCCUGGAAAGCCGCUGCAAGGAUCUCAGGUGAAGUUAGAGAAUGAAAGAGGUUGGGAAAAUUUUCAGGCUUUUGAGAAUCUAAGAGCACAGCAAGAGCAGUACCUGCAGCAACAACAGCAACAGCAACAGCAACUCCUUAAUGGAAAUCAGCAAUUUGCGACAAUGCCUGAGCAGUUUCAUGGACACUCCAUGUGGAACGGGCGUAAUAUCGUGUGAGAUGGAUGUGAAGCAAAUGUGGAGAAGAUGAAAAGUUUGGAACUCCAGGUGGAUAUGCCUAUGGGUGUUUUUAUGGGCAUUCUUUCUGGAAUUUGCUCUGAACUUAUCUCUUUUCUUAAGAAGGUUCUAAGAAUGGGCUUUGUUGAAUCUUACGGCAUCCUUUUGCUACCAAGUGUGCGCUCCAACUUUGCAGCAGUAUCAAAUUUCAAAUUUCACUUUUUGUUGGAGGGUGGGUGGCCUUGGCUCCUUGCUUGGCUCUUGCCACUGAACAGGUGUGUUUUAUUUUCUGUCACUGGUAUACAAUUCAAAUGGUAUUGUGCUGUGGUGUGGGUCUUCUACCUUUUUUUGCCUAUGCAUACUUGUCUUGGAGACCCUUUUCAUUUCUUAUCUAUCUGCCCUUCAUAUUGCCCACUACACAAUUAGAUUGGGAUAAUUUUCAAUAUUUUUGUUUCUUGAUGUAUCAAUUGAUUGUAUCUGGCUUCAUGGAACUAAGUGUCAUCUUUCUCCAACACUUCACUUUAAAGACUGUCCCUUGACCGGCCCUGAAAUGAUUUUUCACUGCAGCUUAUGUCUGUCUAUCUGGUGGAUGGUUUCUGGCUAUAAUCUUUUUGUGACCUUUAUAUGUCCCUGCUAGAAAAGCCCUUGAAUAACCCUUAAAAGAUCAAUUCUUGCAGUCUGGGUGGUUGCCGCAUUAUCCAUUUGUUUAUUUGAGAUUUAAAAUUUGCUUGAUACACUGUGUUGAGGUUCUUUAACCGGUCUUGAUAGCUUAUCCUGAUCUGUCUGCCAGGAGAAGACAAAUAUUGCAACAUCGUCUAUGAUAUGGAACUCUCGUGAAGUAGAAGCCUUAUUUGGUUACUUGGGUUUGGAGAUAGAGUCAAGCUAAUAAGAAGAUUAGUUGGAACUUUGGGCCUUAUAUCUGGAAGGAAGAAUUGGUGAAAUAAAAACCACGUGGUUCCCCUUACCUUUCUACGCCAAACUUUUGGGUUGCUGUAGCUGUCAAAGGUGCUGGCUAGUAUCGUCAUCACAAUGGAUUGGGUUAUGGUGCACGUGAGUGGAAUCUGUGGCAUGUAGCUUUCAGAUCUCCAAAUCCAGGAUGGGUGCUUAGGCAUGUCCUCAGUAUCACAAGUCUGUCUUUGGCACACGGUGAAGAGUGAUGGCGUCGUGGUUUCAAGCUUUCCUUGAUGCUAUGUCUGGGGUCAGUUGGAAGCUUGCUUGUAUGUUAAGCUCUAGAGACUUAAGUAUGUGUACCGUUUUUCGGGUUUUUCCCUUUGUGUACUGGGUUUAUGGGUGAAUGUGGAUGGUUUGGAAGUGGUGGCUUUUGAAUAUGCGUCCGAGACUAUCGUACCCCCAACUUCCUGUGGAAUAAAUGUUGUCUGCAGAUAUCUGGUUAUGCCAGGGGAAUGUAUUUUUCUAUCUGGAGUGUUGGGAUUACGCUAUUGUGUUAACAGGUCUCGUUUCGAAUAUGUGAGUGUUUACAAGUGAUGUAAAACUUAUUAUGUCUGGAGACGUUGUUGUGAUUCAGUUGUCGUGUAACUUGUGUCUGUAUACCUUGUGUCAGUCUGGUUUUAGACCUUUCUGUUGCUGCUUCGUUUGAAAGGAGCAACCCGGAAAUGGUGUUCGCAGGACGCUUGUGAGAACGUGUUCAUCGCUGUGCGAUUUGCGGCUGCUGGAUUGAAUUGUUUAGAGUAGAGUGGAUGCUCAUGUAUGUCUUUUUAAUAAACGACGCCAGAUGAUGAUGAUGAUGAUAAUAAAGGACAGAUCUAACA